AAGACUGAUACACCAUCGCAAACAUGCAGACUCCGCAAUACCCCGAGGUGCACAUCGCUCAGUACCCUGAGCAGCACGACCUGUGCCACCCUCCGCCGCCGCAGCCGGCCGUCGCUACUGCGACGCCGAUUGCUGUCGCGCGUCCCGUGCCGGCCGUGGCGGCGGCUGCGAGCCCUUCGCAGCCGAUGCUUCCCGCCGAGGAGCAGCUCAGCACCUGCUCCGGCAAGGUGAGCCUCGGCGGCGGCGACGCGCUGCCCGCCCGCCUCCGCCUCGGCGGCUGCAGCGCUCACUACGUCAUCGACACUCGGGCGAUGCAGUGGCCGGGCGACUCGGCGGCGCUCGUCCUCGGCCCCGCGUGCGGCGGCCUCUGCUGCUGCGGAGCCUUCUGCGCCAGCGACCUGACCCUUGUCGUCGCGCCGGACACAGCUGUUCGGACAUACGCCAGCGGGUGCGCCUCCCAUACCAGGCAGCUCGACAAGCGGCAACGGCGCAUGCCCUGGCAAGCGCUGCCGCUGCCGCCGCCGACGCGCGCAAUCGAGGUGAGCGGGCGCAUGUGCUCAGCCGAGCUGAAAGUGGUGACGCUGGAGGUCGGCGAGACUCCGCCACGAUGCUCCGUCAUGUGAGCCGAGUCGUGUUCAAGCAUGAGAUGUGCGGACAAAUCUCUCUUUGUUACAAGUACCAACACAUGUGAAAGUUCAGACCCUGUGUUUUCAUUUCAUGUUCCCCGCCGGCCGCCGAGCGCCGUCCGUGCUC